AUGCCACAACUUCCGAAAACAGCCUUUCUGAGCAAUCAAGCCCUGAGAAAAGCCGAGGUUCUUGAACUCAAGGCUCAACAGGAUACAUGGGCUUCAGCAAACAGACAUGAGAAGAAAAACAUCUUCAAUGCCAUUUGCCGAGCGGUGCAGUUCUUUGGUCCCAAGCUCAAUGACAAACUGUUGAAGAAGAGGCACAAGAUCUAUCACACCUGGCUGUACAAUCACACAAAGGUAAAGCAGAGGAGAGAUAAGAUCAAGUACGGGAAGAAGUGGACUGCUAGGAUGGUGGUAUCUCACAAAAAGAGAGACCAGGUGCUGCAGAGGAUCAAGGAUGAGACUGGGCUGAAGCCAGGCGAUCCCCAGAUGUUCAAAUACUACCAGGGAACUGUGAAAAAGGUUGUCGACAAGAUGCCUGCCGACAAGAUGGAGAUCGCAAUGGAGACCGCUGAAAAAUGGUCCAAUGACUUUCCACCCCCAGAGAUCCAGGCCUCAGUUGCAACCAAGAAAGGCCCAACAUACAUCAAACAUUUUGCCAAGGAGAUGUGGAGGCAAUGUGGGAUGAGAGUCUUCAUGUUUGGAGGGGACAGCUUUACCAAGACAAAGGACUGGUCAGAUAUCCUGCCUGUCUGGCAGGAGUAUGCCGAGGAACAGUUCAAUGUUGGCUUCAGGAAGAAGACGAAGAAACUGGCCUUUGAGCUGGAGGUUGAUGGCGACAGUGUACCAGUGUUGCCUGAUACAACUGGCGACAGGCUCGAGCAGAAAAAAGCCAUAGUCCGGUCAUUUCUCACCGAAAACUACACUCAUAUUCUGACACCGACAAAGGACGUUUCAGUGGAAAUGCAAAGAGUGUGGUUCCCUGGAGAGCCAUCAUGGAAUGCCAGGGGCAACUUCAUAUCCAGUCAGUACCUCCCUGACAAUGUCCAGGUCAAGGACCCAUUGAAACUGCAGACCACUGAGGCCGUAGCCUUGCUCGAUUUCUGGUAUGAUCAACAGGAGAACGGAGUUCCACUGGUCUUCGAGUUUAAAAGGUGGAAGAACGGUCAGGGUGAGCUGGUCGAUCUAGUGGAAGCUGCACAAUCAACAGCAUGUGGCCGGAGGACAUUGAGGUCGACGGCUAGUGUACGGGAAUCAUCUAGUGAGUCACUGGCCCAGAAUGUGAGAAGGCCGAGGGCGGUGGCCAGACUCACCAAGCAAUCCCACAGCCAGGGUGGUAAAAGGGCUGGUGGCAAAUGA